GGACAGAGAUUCGACGGUUUUUUAGUGAAAACCAAAGAAAAAGUUUUUUGAAGGCAGAUCGACUUAGCCGCAACCAACAAAACAACUACUUCCAAGGUUUUUGGGUGGGGGAGGGGGAUGAGUAGAGUGAGGAACUUAGAGAGAGAGAGAGAGGAGAAUGGGGGUUUGGUGUGCAGAAAAUGGGAGGAAGGGGUGGGUUUAUAUCAUGGUAAAGGAAACCGUACCGGAAGUCAUACCGGCCCCGUCGGUGGUAGGGUAUUUUGUGGUACGACCGUGGUUCAAUCGUUCUGUACCGGUAAAAUACCGGUUCUGUAUUUAAAAAAUAUUUUUUUGUUAAAAAACCGUACCGGCAGAUUCAGGAUACCGUUUCGGAGUAAUACCGGAAUAAAAUCGGAAUAUACCGGAUAACAAACCUGAAUAAACUAAAUAAGGAUAGAUAAUAUAAUAAUCAACAAACUGCAAAAUUACUGAAUAAACUACAUAAUCGUUCAAAUGCAUGUUUAGGAUCGAGUACAAAACAACCAAACAACAUUCUCAAACAUCAAGUUUAAACAACAUGAUCUCAAACCAAACAGCAUUCUCAAAGUACAUAAUCGAUCAAAGUACAAAACAACCAAACAACAUUCUCAAAUUAUUCUCAAACUGCAUUUGGUUUCACUUAUGCGGCAGCAAGACUGCAUUUGAUGGGACAAACUUAGCUAACCUGUUUAUGGAGCGGGAGCGAGAGCGGGAGCGUAAGAGCGUCUAUUGUAUAAGAAUUGAAUUUUAAGAGAGUGAAUAGAGCAUCAAAAUAAAUUAUUGUUAUACUUAUAAUAUAUUAUUAAUAAAUGAUUUAAAAUGUAGUUAGUACCAAAAUACUAGACAACAAAUUUAUUUUCAUUUAUACAGACAAUGACGAUACAAAUAUGAUUAAUUUUUAAUUUUUAAUUUCUAGUUAUACGACUGAUAAAUAUUUAAAGUUAUUUUAUUUGGAAAUUUAAUUAUAUUAACUUUUCUUUUUAUUUUCCUUUUAAUUUUCCUUAUCUCUUGGCCCAUUCACCCACCGCUCGCACACCACAAAACUUCUUCACUUUCUUCCUUUACUUUCUCCCUCUACCUCUUCCGCGAUACAUACCUCUGUUUAUUCUCAACUUUUCUGGCGAUCAAUUUCGCCAUGCAACAGCCACAGAUCAACCUUUUCUUGUCUUCUUGAGAAGCAGGGGAGGGAGACUCGAACAGGCGGUGGGGUUGAGGAGGAGAGAAGAGGAGCGGCGGGGCAGAUCUGGGAUCAGGGCCAAUUGCCAGGGAGCCGAGCAGGGAGCCCACGAUCUCCUCAAAGGCAAUCGCCAGGGAGCGGCGGUCGCGGUUUCCUCUUUGCUUUCUCCGGUCGCCACUCGCAGUCGCCAAAGGAGAAGAGAAGGAGCGGCAGGCAGAGAUGGGAUGGGGAAAGGAAACGAUGAAAGCAAAGCCCUCCCAGAUGGCCAGAUUAAGGGGUUUUUUUUUUCUUUUUGGCCUUUGGCAAUUUUCAGUAUUAGAACGGGGACGUUUUCCCUCCAAUGAGCCUACGCCGGUUAGACCAAACCCGGGCGGUUUUUUCGUUUGUACCGAUUAAGCCGGAAAAACCGGCCGGUACGAUAUUUUGAAGCAAACCAGCCUACCGUAUCGUUUUUGGUCCGGUUUCCGGUUUUUCCGGUCGGUACGAUCCGGUUUCCUGGUCCAUGGUUUAUAUAAGGAUGAAAUCGCAUGCUGGAGGGGCAGUUUGGUCUUUUUACCCCACGCAAAAUUGCGCCUCCAACACACGGUUUACGUUUCCCAACGCGCAAACCGCGCCUCAGGGCAACGGUUUCCCGUGGGCGACGCGGAUCGCUCCGCUGGCAGGCGGUUAGGCCGUCAGAUCGCCUGCCCAUCGUGCGGUUGCAGGGGCCGCCACGUGAAGGCACAUUUUAUCAGCUGCCCAAUGGCAAACCGCCCCUUAAUUGCUCGCGUGCUUUGACUGAGAAUCGCGCCUUCGAGGUAGUUUUCGAUUUUUUGGUAGUUUUUGAUUUUUUCCGGAGAUGUUCGGGUGCUUCACCAUCUUUAUCGUCAUGCUUUUCUCGGAAUGGAGGUUCUGCGAUUGGGUUUCCCAGGAAAACGGAAAAGAAAGAGAUUGAGGAUUGGGGGAAGGAAGAAUGGAAGUAAAAUUCCUCUUUGGGAAUUAGGGUUUUUAUGGCUGAGGGGAUUCUUUUCGUUGACGGCAGUGAUGGUUGGGAGAUCUGUCAAAUUUUCAUUUCCAAUAUGUCCCUUUCUUUCUAAUUUCUAUCAAAACCGCACCUGCAUCUCAAUCUUGCCUCAAAAUUGGGCUUGUGAGGAGACGACUCAGAUGUUACGUCUGAGAGGUGGGAUUGAGCGGCGAUUGAGCUCUCUUCGCUGCUAAAUUGGAGAGGAAGAUGUGACCAUUCCUCCCUUAUUCUCGAGAUGAUUGAUUUGGAUAUUGAGCUAGAAAACAGAAUCGUCGAGGUUGAUUUGGAUCCAUUGUCGCUCUGAUGAUUUGGUGAGGUUUCGUGGUUGGAAUCAGAUUUGUGGGAGAUGGGUUCGUGUGGGUUUUGUAGUUUUGGUAUGGAGAGGGGAGAAAGAGGGAGAAUUGCUCGGUUGGGGGAUUGACAGAUUCUAGAGUUUGGGAACCGCCAUUGAAGGGGCAGAGUUCUAAGCUCUAGUUUUUCGUUGGAAUCAGAUUUUGCCUUAAAUUUUUCUGAUGUGGCAGUGAACUCUGAUAGUUGACCGUUAAAUAAGUGGUGUGGUAAUUAAAAAAAUAACACAAUAAUAAAAUUUAAUCUUUUAC